GAGCAGAGCGUCAUCGUAUGCAGCCUUGCAGUUCGGAGGAAGCAGUGUGUGUGUGUGUCUCCAGAAGCAGCAGCAUGUCCUCCUCCUCCUCCUAUCGCUCGCAGCGCUACACCAGCUCAUUCCAGCCGGGGGGAAGCUCUCCAGGGGACCCAUCCUCUGCUUACCGGGACUUCAGGGACGAGGCUGACAGCAUCCCCCUCCGACACAACCAGUGCAGGGAGUCUUUCAGAUAUGCAGCUCCCGUGUCUGCUCGCCCUGCCAGUCUGGGGACACUCCGAUCAGUGGGAGACACGUACCAAAUGUCUGCUGAUGUCAGUCAGUUUGAGCCCCAGGAUGUGGUGGUAACGACCUAUAACUACCACAUCGUGAUCCACGCUGAGCAGGUGGCAGAGGACGGGACGGUCAGCAACACGUUCACCCACAAGGUGCAGCUGCCAGAGGACAUGGACCCUCUGUCAGUGAGCUGCGCCCUGAGCGAGGCGGGAAUGCUGGUGAUCAGUGUGAAGAGGAACCACACGGCAGAGCCACCACCUGCCUACCACUCCGAGAUGCAGUGCUGAGAUCCACCAGCAGGGCCCCGGUCAAGGGAUAGCCCUCACUUCACUAUACUCAGCUGCUUGAGCUAAUCAUGGGAUAGAUUUAUAUCAGAUGUGUUUGCUGUAUAUCCACUUUUACAAAAACUGACGAUGGAAAAAUUUGGUUUACAUUAAUUAGGGUGUGCAAGCUGUUUAUAUAAAAAAUAUACUGUUUUGUUUUUUAAAUAAAAAAAAAAAAUAAAAUAAGAUGUGAACUACCCUGUGUCAAUAUUCACACCCAUAUUCAACUAUACAGAGGACUUUCUACUGAGCCUUUUCUAUAUCUGUAUUGAAAUAUGCAUUGUGAGUAAUUAGCAGUGUUAUUAUGGACAGGGCACCCUACUGAGGUUGUUAGCCUCAGGCCUCAGAAAGCGGCAGGCAUUCCUGUCGACCAGACUGCUCCAGGUACCUAGCAGGCAACACUGACUGCCUCUGCAGUACUGUAUUUCAUUUAUUGAUCUAUUAGUCUAAUCUGUAUAGCAAGCACAAAUGUCACACAGAGAUGCGCUGGGUGUAAAUAUUUAGAGAUGUAUUCAAAGCACUUCCUCUGUAAAUAAUUUCAGCACUACUUCAGCAAGCGUUUCACUGCUUCCAGCCACUCUGGUUCAGAUGAACACUGUGUAUAUUUAAUAUUUUACAUAAACUAUUUAUAUAUAAAAAAAAAAACAACAAUAUAUUUUACAUAAACUAUUUUACAUAAACAAGUUGUUUCCUUCUGUACCUCAAUUCAACCACUGCAAUGUUUUUUUCUUCAGGUAACUCUUGUAGAAAUUAAACAAUACUAUGGUAUGUAUUCCCUUUCACUGUGUGCACAAUUAUACCAUGUGAAAUUUCCUAUCUAUGUAACUAUUUCAUGAUGCAUAUAAGUUAAAUCAAUAUAAGUUAAACUCAAUAAAGU